CAGUCCCGUGGGAACGCUUCCCGGACCCAUUUGGUCACUUGCUCUCUUUCUCAGGAAGCAAUCCGCGCUCACUGAGCUCCCAGGCCUUCCGCAGAGGGCACUGCCUGUGCCAGGAGGAGCGGGCAGCCCAAAGUCCUGCCCAGAGCAAGCCGCUCUCCCUACACAGUUUGCGCUCUGGGCGAGGCCCUCUUGGGUCUAGCUGGGAGUUCCCAGGCAAACAGGUGUGGAAGGCAGGCCCCUGGCUGGUUCCUUUUUGGCUCACCACCUCCUGUUCUCACUCUUUUCCCGAGCGCCAUGCCCCACCUCCACCGGGCCACAGCCUCGGGGGCGCCCCCCGCCCGCAGGGAGGCCCGCAGCACCCACUCCUCCGGCCAGAGCUUCGAGCAGCUGCAGCAGGACUGCCUGCGCAAAGGCACCCUGUUCGAGGACACGGACUUCCCAGCCAGCAGUGCCUCCCUCUUCUACAGCGAGCGGCCCCCGGUGCCCUUCGUGUGGAAACGACCAGGGGAAAUUGUGAGAAACCCAGAAUUCAUUCUUGGAGGGGCCACCAGGACUGAUAUCUGUCAGGGGGAGCUCGGAGAUUGCUGGCUAUUGGCUGCUAUUGCCUCCCUCACACUUAAUGAAAAAGCACUGGCUCGAGUUAUCCCUCCGGACCAGAGCUUUGGCCCGGGGUAUGCUGGCAUUUUCCAUUUCCAGUUCUGGCAGCACAGUGAAUGGCUGGAGGUGGUGAUCGAUGACCGGCUGCCCACCUUCAAAGACCGCUUGGUGUUCCUCCACUCUGCAGACCACAAUGAGUUCUGGAGUGCCUUGCUGGAAAAAGCCUAUGCCAAGCUCAACGGAAGCUAUGAGGCUCUGAAAGGAGGAAACGCCAUUGAAGCCAUGGAGGACUUCACAGGGGGUGUCGCCGAGACCUUUGAAACCAAAGGAGCCCCGAAGAACUUCUACGAGAUUCUAGAGAAGGCCUUGAAGCGGGGUUCUCUAGUGGGCUGCUCCAUUGACACCAGAAAUGCUGCGGAAUCAGAAGCUCGGACACCUUUUGGUCUUAUUAAAGGCCAUGCCUAUACCAUCACAGGGAUUGACCAGGUAAACUUCAAAGGCCAAAACAUCGAGCUCAUCAGAGUCCGGAAUCCUUGGGGCCAGGUCGAGUGGAAUGGGCCAUGGAGUGACAAUGCUCUUGAGUGGCAUUCUGUUGGCCCGGCUGUGGAAAAGCGCCUCUGUCAUGCUGCUCUGGACGAUGGGGAAUUCUGGAUGUCAUUUAAGGACUUCAAGGCCCAUUUUGACAAGGUGGAGAUUUGCAACCUCACUCCCGAUGCCCUAGAUGAUAAUGCUUUCCAUAAAUGGGAAGUGACAGUCCACCAAGGAAGCUGGGUUCGGGGCUCCACUGCUGGGGGUUGCCGCAAUUUCCUGGACACCUUCUGGACCAACCCACAGAUCAAGCUGUCCUUGAAUGAGAAGGACGAAGGGCAGGAGGAGUGCACUUUCCUGGUCGCCCUGAUGCAGAAAGAUCGAAGGAAACUCAAGAGAUUUGGGGCCAACGUGCUCACCAUCGGCUAUGCCAUUUACCAAAGUCCUGGCAAGGAUGAACAUCUGAACAAAGACUUCUUCAAGUAUCAUGCCUCGCAGGCCAGAAGCAAAACAUUCGUUAACCUGAGAGAAGUCUCGGACCGGUUCCAACUGCCCCCUGGGGAGUACAUCCUGAUUCCCAGCACAUUCGAGCCACACCAGGAAGCUGAUUUUUGCCUGAGAAUCUUUUCAGAGAAAAAAGCCAUUAUUCAGGAUAUGGAUGGACGUGUGGACAUUGAACUUCCUGAGCCUCCCAAACCAAGCUCUCCUAGCCAGGAGACAGAGGAGGAGCGACAGUUCCGCACCCUGUUUGAGCACAUCGCAGGCGAGGACAUGGAGGUGACCGCAGAGGAGCUUGAAUAUGUUUUAAAUGCUGUGCUGCAAAAGAGAAAGGACAUCAAGUUCAAGAAGCUGAGCCUGCUUUCUUGUAAGAACAUAAUUUCUCUCAUGGAUACCAGCGGCAAUGGAAAACUAGAAUUUGAUGAAUUCAAAGUGUUCUGGGACAAGCUGAAGAAGUGGACUAGCCUGUUUCUUCAGUUUGACGUGGACAAGUCUGGCACCAUGUCUUCAUAUGAGCUGCGCAUCGCGCUCAAAGCGGCAGGCUUCCAACUGAGCAAUCAACUUCUGCAGCUGAUCAUCCUCAGGUAUGCAGAUGAAGAACUACAAGUGGACUUUGAUGACUUCCUCAAUUGUCUCGUUCGACUGGAGAAUGCAAGUCGAGUGUUUCAAGCUCUCAGUACAGAGAACAAGGACUUCAUUCAUCUCAAUAUAAACGAGUUCAUCAACUUGACAAUGAACAUCUGAAGCUGCGCUGAUGGUGACACAGCCCUCCCGUGAAGUGCAGAACUUCUCUGGGUGCUUAGCCAUCCUACCUAGAGCUCUUUUCCCCUCCCUUGUUCAUCCUUCUCCACCUUUCCCAUUGCCCACACCUUCAUCUGCAAAGAAUGAACCGGAAUCACUAGGUCCUGUAAUUUUGUACGACUUCUUGGUAAUUACUUCUCUAUUUUGGGUUAUGCCGCCCUAUGUCUUCCAUCCAGAUUCAGGCAUCUUAACCAAUAUCUACCUCCCUCCCUCUACACGCUUCACCUCUGCCUAUCAAACAUUACUCAAAGUCCUACUGAAAAAACAAAAAACCUGGCUCUAAGGCAGCUGUGAACAUUAUACUCAAAUAUCCUUUAAAGAACAAUGUUUUUGUAAAAGUGUAUGUCAACAGAGAUGAGAGGGGAAAUUUGUUUCGGCAUCACAAGUGUGAUUCCUUAUUGAUGCAGACCCCAGAGAAUUCUGGAUGUUGACUGACAAGAGUGGAACACUAUGAUAAUCUCUACUUCUUUCUCCAGGAGCUGGUAACUAUUCCGUUCUCUGUCAAGUCUAGACACACUUUAUGUCCAAAGCCUUUGGGUAAUAAAAGUCUAACGUAAUGUAUGUAGUUCUUCUCAGGAAGUCUAAAUCUUAUCAUAUUUGAUGUCAUGUAUCUCAUUCAUGACGGUGGUAAACACUGGAGAAGCCUUGCUAGGAUUCCACUAACACUGAAUAAGGAACGCCCUUUGAAUUGGAAUAAUAGGACUUAGCAUGAGAAGAUAUUGGCUCAGUGAGUGUGAGGUCCCAUUUAUAUAUUACAUAUAGAUAUAUAUCAUAUGAGGUUGAAGAUUUGGCCAAGAGGGGUGCUCAGAAAAGAGAGACAGAAAGAUGAUUGGGAUGAAGAUCAAGUAAAGAGUGGAAUCAGAACCCUAUUUUCUGACCUGCAGCUAAAAAUGCCAGGGUAAGAUAGCCCCAGUCACCACCCAAAUCUUCCCUGGGCUUACCCUGCAGCAGGCACGGCACAAGAGCACUCGUAGCAGGAGAGGUAUCUGGUGGAGCACAGUGUACAACCACACACCAUGAACUGUGCUGGGUUCACUGCUUCCUGCUGCUGCCGUAUUGUUUAUUAGGUGUUGUGAACAUGAACCUUGCUCAUUGGCAGAACUUGAAGGAAAGUGCUCACCAUCUGACUCUCUCCUCGUGUCAUUACUACGUAGUGUGUUUAGGCUUGUAUGUCCAUGAGCAUAUAUAUUUCUCUCCACUAAUCUCCCAGCCCCCCACCCCCGACAGCUUGAAAGGAGUAGAAUGGUGUUUAUGAAAUGGGCAUCCUCUUGACUUUUCUACAUGGCUGUGUGCCCCUGGGAAAUGUAUUCAUCUCUCUUUGAGACUUAGUUUCCCCACCUCUAAUAUGAAGAUGGUCAUCCCUGCCUUGCAUAGUGUUUGUAGCGGACAGAUGAAAUGGUGUGUAGGAAGCAUCUGACAUAUGGUGAGUGCUCAACACACAACUUUCAUCGGUCCCUUUUCACAGUCCCUAAAGAAUGAAUGGUUUCUUAAACUCAGAUGUUUUAUAUUUGCCUGUUCUUUAUUGCAAGAAUAAAAGUAUUAUAGAGCCAUCAAUCUUGAACUCUGAA